AUGUCCGGUCCUCUUGCUACCGCGCUCGGUCAGGCUAUCGCGUAUCGCCAGAAACGGUCAAUACCUACCCUGGACUUGCUCCAAGAGGUCCCCUCGUCGGCAUCAGACCUGCUUUCCAACGACUACCUCUCCCUCGCGCUCGAUCCAGCUCUUCGUAUCGCAGCCCUUAAAACGCUUGCCGACACACGCCGCAUUCUCGGUAGCGGCGGCUCGCGUGUCCUGAACGGCAACACGGCCGCGCACGUCGUGUUCGAGGCCCGCAUGAAGCAUUUCUUCGGCGCCCCCGCCGCACUCCUUUGCAACUCUGGUUACGACGCGAACGUCGCGUUCUGGCGAUCCAUCCCGCAGGAGGGCGACGCGGUCGUGUACGACGAGCUCGUCCACGCCUCCACGCGCGAUGGCAUGGCCGAGUCCCGCGCCAAGGGCGCGCUAUUCCCCUUCCGGCACAACUCCGUCGCCUCGUUUCGCGAGUGUCUCUCCGGCGUGCUGGCGGCGCACCCAGCCAUUGCGGCGGGCAGAGCUACGGUCUUCGUCGCCGUGGAGAGCUUGUACAGCAUGGACGGCGAUUUCGCACCCCUUCACGAGAUCGUACGAGCUGUGGACGAGCUGGUAUCCAAAAACUGCGGCCACAUCAUGGUUGACGAGGCGCAUUCUACCGGAAUCUAUGGCUCUCAAGGGCGCGGAUUUGUUGCAGCGCUUGGCUUGACCGGACGGAUCGACACUGUUCUUCAUCCGUUUGGCAAAGCGCGUGCUACUAGUGGUGCCGUUCUCCUCACAUCUGCCAUCGUGCGACAUUAUAUCAUCAACUACGGUCGACCAUUCAUCUUUUCCACGUCAAUGCCCGGGGCUUUGGUCUGCCUCCUCGAUGCCUCCCCCGAUCACAUUGGUAGUCACGCUGGUGACGAGGCACGCGAACGUCUGCACCGCCUCUCCGAACAUUUUCACCGCUUAGUGGAAGGAUCCCUAAAGCACGUUCCACCAAGCCUCCUCUCUCUGCUUCCGCGGAAGGCCCCUGGAGACUUCCCCAACGACAUUGUCAGCCCAAUAUUUCCUAUACUGACGGAGCAUCCAGUCUUGCUGGCAGCGCAUCUUCGACGAUACGGCUACGCCUGCACAUCCGUUCCCUAUCCUGCGGUGCCUCGCGGUCAGGAGCGUAUCCGGGUAGUUGUCCACGCUGCCAACAAGCCCGAAGAACUCAGGGAAUUGGUCACUCGUAUGCUAGAAUGGGCAGCGUCCAUGCAGGCGCGAGCCGCUCAACCUCAGUUGCGAUCGAUUCCAACGCUCCAGGCUAGACUGUGA